GCCGUGCGCGCAUCACGUUUCGUCUUAUUCGUUCGUGUUUUUAUAUUCGAAUGAAAUUUUAAUCGUCGAAAUAGAAAUAGAAAUAGAAAGAUAAAUAUAUAUAUAUAUAUUCCCGACAAAAAAAAAAGAUUAUUUUCUAAUUUUUCAUGGAUAUAUAAUAUUAUAUAUCGAUUUUAUCGAGUUUAAUAUCUAGGGUAUUAUCUUUUUCGAUUGGAAAAAAAAAAGAAAAAAAAAAGAACUGGAUUAUUUGCUAUUUCUAUUCUCGAAAUUGAAUUUGGGAUUGGUUAGUGCUAUUUCAAAGAAAAGAAAAAAUAAAUACAUAAAUUAAGUGCAUUAUGAAGUACAUCGAAUUGCUGGAUUUUUUGAAAACUUCAAAACUGACUCGGAAAUCGCGCCGAUCGAAGCACAGGUUGAGAGGAUCGAGUGGUACCGCUAGCAUGAAAGUAGACGGUGGAGUGGCGAGUACGACGGUCCUUCAGAAAGUCAAGGUUAAGGAAGAGGCAAAGGAAUGUUGCGGCUUUCAGCAGGUCUCAGCAACAUCAGGGGGAUCGAGUGGGACGAGCGUGGUCGUUGUCGUUUCGACGGUGACAGCGGCGUCGACGACCGUUAUUGCAACGACAUCCAGCAAUUGCAAUAGCAAUGGUCUGACCACUGUGGGAAUAGCAGCCACCAUUGCGAGUACCUCUACAACCACCACUGUACCUACCACGUCCUCGACCUCGAAUGCUCUUCAAACCUCUGCCAUUAUCUGCCAUCCAUCUACCCCGAUAGCUGCUGUGGCCAGUAGUACGGCUCAGACACCUGAACCUUUGCCGGUAGACCUCGACCUCAAGAGUAAAAACAAGGUGAGUCCUACCAGCAGAGAUAAAACAACGAGGGAAGAGAAUAAUCAUCUUGAGGCACUCUCACCGUCUUCUCAACAUCAUCAAAGACAUGGCUUGUCAACUACCAACACGCCUCAGACUCAAACCAAUGGCUCUCGAUCAGAGUACAAAGGUCAGUUGGGUUGCUCUAGGUCAUCGGACAACGAUAGUCCUAUGUCUUCACAUCCUCUCAAACCUGAUCUUGAGGAAUCCACUGGAGGAACGUCAACCGGAACAUCAGCUAGUUCGACCUCUACUGUUCCUACCGUUACUGCCUCUACCACAAGUGGAUCUUCAGCCACCUGCAGAAAUGAGGAACAGGUCGAGGCCAAUCCACUUCUGUCAAAUGGCGUCAGGUGUAUCACUGGGGUCUUUGCUGGUCAUGGAAAACUUAAAAGGCUACUUGGUACACUCGUACAAUUUGCAACUGAUAUAUCAGCCGACACUGGAGACACUGUACGGACCUUGGUACUUGCUCUUUUGAGUGGUACUAUGACUGCCGAAGAAUUUCACUCUGCUUUGCAAGAAGCUACGAACUUUCCAUUGAGGGGAUUCGUUUUGCCAUACUUAAAACAUACUUUACCAUCUUUACAAAGGGAUUUGAACACGGCUGCUAGAGCUGGUAACCAGACAUGUGCACAAUUCCUUCGAAAUAACGAAACAGCGAUUUUGGAAGCGGUCGGAUUGGUACCGUCGGGCGAAUCCGUAGAAAUUUUUGGAGAACAUGGUAGCAGCGGUCUUGGAAGUGGAAACGCCGGUAACCAGUGUCCCGCGUAUUAUUCGAUGCGUUCUAGCUCUAAUCCGAAUGUCGGCGCCAUUCAACACGCGAACAAUACCACGAAUGCUUUGCACCAUUACUCUGGCUCCUCUCAUGCACCGAAACGUCGUGCUUCAGACACCCCGUACUAUGAAAACGGUACCCUACUCGAGGAUAUACCUGUUUACGGAAAAAGGCCUAAUCCAUGGGGUGCCCAUCACCAACAACAACAACAACAACAACAACAACAACAACAACAACAACAUCAGCAACAACAGCAAACGGAAAAUUCAUCAUCCUAUUGUUGGUAUCAUCCGCUUCACGCAGCGGGUGGAUCCAUUCAAGGCCACGCACACGGACAUGGCCACGGGCCUAGUCCAAUUCCACCAAGCCUAGUUCAAAUUAAUCAGAUAAAUGCUUUCUCGGCCCCCCAUCAUUUGUCCCAACAGCAACAGCAGCUGAGUCACGUUCAAAACGGUUCUAGCCUCGACGACGAAUGGAAGAACAUUCAUGUGAUGUUGAACUGUAUUCUUGGCAUGGUAGAAAAGACGAAGAGAGCUUUGGCUAUCCUUCAAAGACGAGGUUGUUCCAGUCCUGCUGCAACACCUAUACCACCGCCAAAUGUGGUCGCACAGAAUGGUAAUGCCAACAACACUACUACCAAUAAUCCUUCAACCAAUGGUGCUCAAGUAGAAUCUUCAACGGGUGAUAGAGAUGGUAGCUUGAAACGUUUGUCUGGAGAAAUUGUUGCUCAAACAAUCAGAGCUACUGAGGAUAGGGUUGCUGAGGUGAAAAGAAGAGCAGAAGAAGCCGUGUUAGAAGUAAAAAGAGCAGCUGUUGCUGAAGUUCAAAGAGCAGUUGCAGUAGCGGUUGCCGAGUCGAGAGCGAGCGAACGUCUGAGAGUACACAGACUUUUAGACUUACCACUAUCUCAAAGAAGUCACGUUGGUGUCCGUCAAGCUUCAUUCGUUAGGGUUCACGGAAGUCCCAACGUGGUAGAGACCAGUGGUAGAACUGCUCCAACACCUACAACUACUUCUAAUUCGGCACCGUCCACUACCGAAGAUGACAAGGAUACACAUUUGACUAAUAUAAUAGGAUCAAAUUGUUGGAAUUGUGGCAGACCAGCAUUAGAAACAUGCGGUGGAUGUGGGAUCGCAAGAUAUUGCGGUUCCUUUUGUCAACAUCGCGAUUGGGAGGCUGGUGGUCAUCAUGCAACGUGCAAUAAUCCUUUACCACGAGAACCUCGAAGAUCAUCUUCGCGUAGUCCGCCUAGAAUCGGUACAGCUAACGUCACUGGAAAUAUCAACGACGCGGAAGGUUCAACCGUGUCGGCCACAGCAAAUACCAUCUCCAAAGGGAAGUGACGACAUGAAGGAAAGAGUCACGUUCCAUUACGAUUAGCCAGACCGAUCUAUUUUGAUCCACGCUGAUGUUUCCUCACAGAAGACUCAGAAACUUCUUACUUAAUUAUCGACUCUAUUAUACUUUCGACUCGCUUUCAUAUUUUUCUUUCCUUUUUCCUUUUUAAAGAAUUUUGUUGAUUAAUCUCGAAGUAUGGAUUGUUUAAAAUACGAUUUAUACAAGGAUGCAUUUUAUUAUCGUAACGAUUUGUUCUUGUCAUUAGACAAAUUUGUUAUUGUUUUUAUGUUGUAUAUCGAAGGAAAAUUAUAUUGAAAAUGUUGAGUAAUCGAGUAAGUUGUGAUUCGUUUUGUAAGAUCAUUUUUUUUAUGACGAUCAACUGGAAAAAAGAAUGAUCCUUGUAUAGUUCUUGUAAAUAUCACAUUAAUGAAAUGUAAUAGAAAUGUGUGAACGUAUCCGAAUACGUAUGACGUUUGUUGGGUAUGAUGAGCGUCCUAGGCUUGUACCAUUGUUCAUCUGUGUUGCUAAUUCAUAGUCAACAAUUCACCUUGAAUGUGCAUGCACUUGGUACGAAAAAUUGGUGUAAAGGUUCUUCUAUUCAAUGACAAUUAUCAAUUUCCCAAUAUCCGUAGUGAUCAAACACAUUGUCUUACGUAUCAAACAAAGAUCAUUUACAUCUAAAGAUCAAAUUCUAUUUGACAAAAUCGUAAGAUAUUCUUUGUACCAAAGAUCGGUGUUUUUUCCUAUAUGAAAUCUUUCAAUAUAUUACUAUCUCGCAUUCUUUUAUUUAUUCGCCAUAUUGCUCUUUCUCUCUGUCUGUCUCUAUAUCUAUUUCUCUUUCUCUCUCUUUUAAUAUUCCAUCGAGAUGCAAUUGUAAUCUAACAGUAAGAUCCAACAUGCGAUAGGAUUUGAUCGCUUUUAACGAGCGUACACAACAAACGGCUUACAUCGAUUUUACCCUAGUCAAUUGAUAGACUUAACGAUUGUAAUGACAGAUGUAACAAAAAAUUCUUACUUCGAUCAAUCGAAUUAUAAUUAAUUGUGUAUCUUAAAGUCUAGUCAUGCGUGGUUGCGAGGAGACGAUUUUAUUGGUUAUACAUAUUAGAAAAUUUUCCUCGAACUUAGAUAACGAUUUAUUGUAAUUCCUUCUGGGCACAUUGCAUUGCAGGAACGUACGAUGAAUUUUAUGAAAUGUAUUUAUGAAAUAACACGUCAAA